CCGUGCACGGAUUCUCGCGUAUUCUUCGACACGGUGUUAAAACCGAUGGGUUUCGAAUUGACAGGUAAAGCAGAACCUCGAAGAAAUUUGAUGCAGCGAUUGGCUGAUCGCUGAGGGAACAACUAAAGAGUGGAAAGUGUAUCGGAAACGUUGCAGCGAGUUUUCUCGGAGUCGGAGAAGCAAAGUCUGUCCGACCGAGUGGUUUCGUUCAGUUUGUGCUUCAAAGAAACGGACAGUGAAAGGAAAGAAAGAAAGAAAGGAAAGCAAAGCAAAGCAAAGCAAAGCAAAGAGCGGAUAGAAAGAGGCGGUUGAGUCCUUCGCGGCAUGGUACACUACGGAUGCGCGAAAACCGACAGCGGUGGAGUCGAGUGCUUCGUUGAGUUCAAGGACUCCUCGGUGGCACGCGUGGAAGUGAUGGACGACAACAAGGUCGGCGCAAUGACGAGAUUCGUCGAAGUGAUCGCGACCAUAGGGUCGUUUUUACUAGUGCUCGUUACGUUUCCUUUCUCGCUGUGCUUCACGUUCAAGGUCGUGCAGGAGUACGAAAGAGCCGUUGUAUUCAGAAUGGGGAGGUUGAAGAGCGGCGCUUACGGCCCAGGGACGUUUUUCGUGAUGCCAUGCGUGGACAACUGUGUGCGCGUCGAUCUGAGGACGGUGUCGUUCGAUGUUCCACCGCAGGAAGUUCUCACCAAGGAUUCCGUCACGGUGAGUGUCGACGCGGUCAUCUACUACCGCAUAAAGGAGCCACUGAAUGCCGUAAUCAAGAUAGCCAAUUACAGUCACUCUACUCGAUUACUGGCGGCUAGUACAUUGAGAACGGUACUCGGUACGAGGAACUUAGCGGAGAUCCUCUCGGAACGUGAAACCAUUUCCCACACCAUGCAGACGUCUCUGGACGAAGCUACGGAUCCUUGGGGUGUCAAGGUCGAACGCGUGGAGAUAAAGGACGUUCGACUUCCGGUGCAGCUGCAACGAGCCAUGGCCACGGAGGCGGAAGCCGCAAGGGAGGCACGGGCCAAAGUGAUUGCAGCGGAAGGAGAGAUGCUGGCUUCCCGUGCUCUGAAAGAGGCCAGUGAUGUCAUCUCCAUGAGUCCAGCUGCUCUUCAGCUACGAUAUCUACAAACAUUGAGCAACAUAUCUGCGGAGAAGAAUUCAACCAUCAUCUUUCCCUUACCGGUCGAGUUUUUGGCUCCGUUCUUUACUAGCAAUUUCCAUCCAAGCGCAAUUCAAGAAGCUGUUCGAACGUCGUCAGAGCAGCUGUGCUCGAAGCAGCUCAAGGUUCAGCCCGACAUCCACUCAAACGCAGACAAUAUCGACGUGUCAAAGUGAAGAGGUGUGUCAAACUUCGAUUAUCCUUAGCAAAUUUCGCCAACUUCGAACGGUAUGUCGGAUUAAUUGGAGUGACCUUUGAUCCAAUUCACUGGUAAGCAGAUACGCUCGAUUGGAAACCGAUACGAGCAUACGCGAGACUCGACGCGUUUGUUGGUCGUCAAAGCGCCGCGUCACCCUUUAGCUAAAAUCUGUUUCGUUUCGCGCGAUUUUGGUGUGUAGGAACGACAGACGCGCGACCAGAAACGCGACAAACUCGACAAAUAAAUAGGUAAACUUGUAAUUCAUCACCGGACUCCCUGUUUGAUCUCCGAGCCUUUAUGCGACGAAAAGAAAAUAUACGCGUAGACGAAUGUCGUGAGCUCGACUUUUUCAACGAACGAUUGCGACGAAAAGAUACGUUGACGAAAGCACGUUCGUAUUACAAUUCUUCUUUUGCGCGAAAAAGAGAAGACGCACGUAAGUUGAAAAUUUCGAGUUCGCCGUUCGUAACGAUCGAUUGUGAUAAAAAGACGCAUUGGUACAUAUAAGUUUUAUGGUUUUGGAAUGAUUGCAGCUUACAGUUACAGUGCCUAGAAAAGUAUUUCCACGUACCCUGGUUUCCCAAUGAAGCGUUUUUUUUCUAUCAGGUUCCACUUUUUUGUAAACCAACUUUUUGUAGUCGCGUGAAGUUACGAAAUUUGAUAUAUUUGAUCUGAUCGAUUGCUAUUGGGUUGGCAAUUAAAUGAUUGCGGAUUUUGUCAAUACCAUUUAAUAACAAAAUCCGCAAUCACUUAGUUGCCAACCCAAUAUUAUAAUUUGUAGGCGAAUUUAUCACUUACUAGCAGAUAUUUUCUGUGCAUUCUUUCAGAGUUAUGAAUCUACGGAUAUAUGUAUGAACUUUGAAAAAUUGUUGAUCGCAUGAUACGAAUCUAUUUAUGCGUCUGCGUGCAGCAGUAUGUGUAUCGAGUACAAUUUUUACAUCUGGCUUUACGAAUUAAAAAUAAAAGCAGCAAUAACGAAUUCUGCCUUUGAAAUCUACGCUUACGGUAUUCAGUUUAUCGGACUUUUUCUCUCGUGAAUGUAGAAUUCAUUACAAGUGAUUUAACACACGUUCAAGUUUUAGCAUUUUGGCUUUCGGAUACGUGUAAUUUUAAGCGUAGUCGAUAUCAUUUCUAUCAAAAGAGAGAAAUUAUUCCAUCAUUGUGAAAAAUAAGCGGCGUAUAAUAAAUUCGUGUCAUCAUAUAUGUUGGGGCUUGGAACAGUUAACAGAAGCAAACAAAAACAUAUUAUUAAUUGAUCAAAGGGAUAACAUUUCCAUCGAAUAAAAGAUGAGUUACAUUGAAUUUAUAUUUAACGUCUUCGUGAAGUAUAUUUAAUGUUAAGUGGUUACUGAAGUGCGAGUAGAUAAGCUACCUCUAUCAUUUUCGUAUUAAUUAUGGACGCGAUGUACGCCGUAGAAUUAAAUUUUACACAGUUUCAAGCGUGUGUUAAACAUUUUUCAAAAUGAGCAUCUCGAGCCCCUUUCAACAGUCAGCUAUCUCUUUCACAAAUAUAAAUCCAAAUUUUCGAUAAUUAUAAGAUAAUUUUUAUCAACACGAUAAUCCUUAUGAAAUACGAGCAUGAAGUACAUACAAUUUGUUAAUGCAUAUAUUUUUAAUUAAAAAAUUAUAAGCAAGAUAUUAAUUUAGAAAUUACGGGGGCCUGAUUAAUUAAUUUUUAUCUUUUCAAACAAGAUAUUAAUUUACAAGUAGCCUCUGCAGCCCAAGAUUAAAUUGUAUCCAUAAAAUACAUAUGGUUCUGUACACCAUACACACGACACAUACAACAUCAACGAAUGUCGCUAUUUAAAAGUUUAAUUUGCGCUACCUAACACAUACACGUCUAUCUGAAAAGUAGUAAGAUCAUCGAUAUAUUAAUCAAGCACUGGACAUAUUUGUUAAAACCAUUCAUCCGAUUCGAAAUGUCGUAUUUUCCCUCAUCGUCGAUAC